AUGAAGAUCCUUCUCUUUUUCUCUACUUUUCUCUUCUUCGGUGUCUUCAUUCCACCAGCAAAAAGAAAAGAGCAUACUGUUGCUCUUAAUAGGAGACUAGCAUGUACAAUGCUUGGUGGUCGAUGUAAAAAUAAAUGUGGUGAAAAAGAAUUUAGGAUUAUAUAUUGUGAAAGGCCAACAACUCUUUGCUGCAUGAGAGAAUGUGACUCUAAGAAGUAA